AUGGCUGCGUUUGGUUAUACCUGCAAUGAGGGAUAUCGGUUCAAUUCGUCGAGCACAACAAGCAAAUCCAUUACUUGUCUCAGCAAUGGAACCUGGUCCGAAUUGGGAGACACGUGCGAACGUGAGUUGUGCCAGUCUAUUAAAACUUCUAUGAAUAAUUCCACUUUGAACUCCACUUUCUAUUUCUCCUUAGCUUUUGGGUGCGAAGAUGUUCGAGAAUAUCCUGGUUUCACUGCAGCAACAGCAGCAGCAGCAGCAAUAGACACGGCCAAACCCAUUCCGGUGGGAAAUGUCAUUCAAUAUACUUGCAAUGACAAUAAGUUCAUUGCUGAGAUUCAUGGAGGGACCAAUCAAUCGUUCACUUUGGAAUGUUUGGACAGCGAAGUGUUCGAGGAGCCAUCGACCAAUUGGACGUGCAUAGAUUGGCCCACAUGCGACAUUCCUGCGAAUCAGUCCAAAUUCGAGUUCCUAAGUCCAAAUUCCUCCUUCAACUAUGACGAGGAUGUUCUAGUGGCUUGUCAGGACCAGAAUUCCUGGAUCAACAUCGAUGGGUUGGCAAAAAUGAACGCCUCACUGACAUGCUUGUGGAACGGAACUUUCUGGCCAAAUUUGGAGAUCGCCGUGUGCGAAAAAAAAUUUUGUGAUGAUCCCCCCAUCCCUCGGAGUUCUUCGAAUUUGGAGCUAGUGCCAAUGGGGUCAGCCGCCAUCGGCCUGGGUGAUGUGGUGACCUAUCGUUGCCUCGGCGAUGCAAGAUUGGAACAGGGAACCAACUUCACCAUAGAGUGCGGUCAUGACGGCAGUUACCAGAAUUUAUCCUGGCCUACGUGUGUCCUUACCAAGUUUUGCCCGUCGGCCGACCUCCCGCCACCUUUGACCAAUGGAUAUAUCCAAUUAUCGACACAAAACCAGCCAGGAUUCAGGGUUCCCGCCGAAACUUUCAACCUCAGCACCAGCCAACCCAACGGCAUUUCCAAUGCUUCGACCCACGGACCGGGACAAGCUUUCGAUGGGAACUGGGCCACGAUGUUCAAGAUCAACAGUAGUGGGAACAUUCCUUUUCUGCAAGUGGACUUUGGACAAGAGCGAUUGCCACUCUCGAUCAAAUUGGUCCUUCCCAAUGCAUCGUCGGGCUGUAUCAACAACCAUGAGGACUUGCGAGUGGCGGCAUUGAAUUCAUCCCUAAACCCAGGAGAGGAUCCCAGUUCUCGAACUAUCCUUGAGGCCGACAUUCAAAGUGGUAUUUUCAUCUUCGACAAACCCGCUUUGACGCGAUAUCUGGUGGUCCAUGCUCCAACGGGCGGAUCAUCGACACCAUUGUGUAUUGCCGAAAUGGACAUUCAAUUUCGGCCCAAAGUGCCUUACCCUCCGGUGAAAGAUUGCGCCCAGCUCAUGGCUUAUGGAUCUCAAGGAUCCUCUAUUUAUAAUUUGGAUAUUACUGGCGGACUCAAUCCGGAAAAUGUGGCGGAUGUGCUCUGCCGUGAAAGCCAAUGGACACCCAUUCUCCGGCGCUUUCAUCCCCAGGACGUUAACGACAUGUUUUCGCGGCACUCUAACGACAGUGGCUUCCGUUCGCGCAGAUUGUUGUCCACCGAGCCUUAUGAGCUACGCGUCGAAAUGGUGGAUAGGGAUGACAAAUAUAGGCGGGCCGUGUACAAUACAUUCACUAUCGAAAGCUCGUCGUCCCGCUACCGAUUGUCAGUAGACGAUUUCGACCCGUCCCAAUCCGUUGGCGAUCCCGGGAUGCCAUGCAAUUCGUGA